UCACCGACAUCAAACUGUCACUUUCUCGCUGUCAUAAAAAUAUGUUUUUCUAAAAUUUGUUCGUAAUUUUAAUCAUUAUAAUUUAAAAAAAAACUGUAAAAGUAAUUCCAUUUUAAGGAAACAAUCCCCAAAUAUUUAAAUUAUGGAACCAAAAGCAGAACCAUCAAAUGACGAUCCGAAUAACGUCACUAACAUCUUGGGUUUAAUCAUCUCCAUACUAGAUUGGUUGAAAACUACUGGAAAAUCAGGACAACCGGAUCUUAUUUGCCCGGAAAAAUGUGAAAUUGAUAAUGCAAUAGAUAAAUUGAGAGAAAUGACCACGAAAUUGGGAACGGUGGAUAGCCAUAAAUCUUGUAAUUGUAAAGAAGGGGAAGAUGAAAACGAUUCCGAAAAAAUCCCAUGUUUUGGUGGGGAAGAUGGUGGAAGAUGUAAAGAUCCUACAUGCGAAACGUGCGAAAAAAUCCGUAAACGUAAAGAAGAGGAAGGAUCUAAAGAUUCUUAUCCAGCACGUAUCGUUAAAGAAUUAGUCGAAAAAUGUUCAAAACCUUCUAUACCGGAUACUAAAAAUUCAGUUAAACUCAUCGAAAAUGAAGAGCCCCCAAAGGAAAUACUAGAAAACAACGAUGAUGAAUGUCCAGUAUUGAAAAUGUUAUUUAUGAGUUGUAAUAAAUGUUGUCAAACUUCAAAAGAAGCGCUAACGGAAAAACCAAAAAUCGAUCAAGAUGAUGAUAAAUUAAAGAAAACCAAAACCAGUUGCAAUUGUAAUAAUGAAGCUAAGGAUAAAGCUGCUGUUGUCACUUAUAACCGAGUUAAUCAAUCCAAAGUGAUAACUUACGAAAAGAAAGUACAAGCGCAUCAAUUCCAGAUUAUGUACGAACAACGUAAAGCUGUGUUAAAAAGUAUGUACGAAGCGGCACUUUCAGAUAGUAAUCGAAAUUUUAGAAACGGCCCUGUUGUUCGACCUGGACAAGGAACUUAUAGAGCAGUGGAAAUCGCUUAUGCAAGUGAAGAUGAUGAUAUGGAAGACGAAGACGACGUCGAAAAUCCUUACAAAGAUCUUUGCAGACAGAUGAGACAGGACCCAAAUGAUGUUUAUGGUUGCCUCCCUUCGCAGUACUUCAAACCUUGUCCUUACCAAUCAUCGAGGAUACCUCAAAGAACUGCUUUGAGUGAUCGUGGAGGAAUGCCCUACCAAUCCUAUCGUCAUUACCAAGAAUUGAGGUAUCCUAAGGUAAGCGAAGGAGUGAAGAGCUCUGCGUCUCCACCAAGAGGUAGAGUUGCAUUAUGUGGUCCUCCGAUUAAAAUAUCCCUAAAAGAAAACAGUUCAAGGGAAUCGUCUAGAGAUGCGACUCCCGCAAGCGUCGGGUCAAGAUCGCCUUCUAAAACCGGAUAUACACCACCAGCAGACUGUGCAAGACGACUGAUCGAAGCUAUUAUGAAAAAUCCUACUUGCCCGGCAUUCGAAGUACUAAAAGAAGCAGCCAAACUGGACGACGAAAUUGAGGAGGAAUCUUCAACUGAAGGCGAAAGUAGGAAUCAAUCGAGACGAUCUAGUUCUGGAAUGUGUUACGAGGAUUGUAAUGGAACUCUAAAGAAGAAACGAUCACAAUCCGGAAAGUGAAACUAUUAAUAUUUUUUUGAUUUAUUGCUUUUUUGGUAUUGUGAGUAAGGGAUUGUUUGGAAUAAGUAAAUAUUCAUUUGUAAGUUGUA